CGCUUCGGCGUGUUCGUCCCUGCAAGAGCACACUACCGCUUCGGCGCGUCAGUCCCUGCUAGAGCACACUACCGCUUCGGCGCGUCAGUCCCUGCCAGAACACACAGACGACACGCUCUCUGAUCGAGAUGUGCAGAUGGAGGAUCCAUCGUAUGACUUUGUGUCGUAUGAUGUUGGAGCCUUCAAUUUAAUGCCUUCUUCGGCUUUGUUGGCGGACGGUUCUGAUGUGCGGCAUGAAGGUGAUACUUCUGUCGAAAAUCCAUACUUUUUCGAGCAUACGACCGCUUCGGCGUGUUCGUCCCUGCAAUAUGAGCAUACGACCACUUUUGUGCGUUCGUCCCUGCCAUCACGACAAGAACGAUCGUGGCAUACCGCCUUGGGCGUGUCCCUGCCUGAUCAUGGUGAGGAAUAUCGCGCAGCCGAGGACUCUCCCGAGGACUCUCCUGCCGAUUUGCAGCCGAUGGAAGUUGAGGGUGAAUCCCCAACUCGGUCUGACCUCCAACGCUAUAUAGCGAUGACCGAUGAUGAGCUUUUAGCUCUCAUCAACCCCUCCCAAUCUGACAUCACCACCGACGCCGUAACCACCACCGCCACCCCAGAACCCGCCGCCUCUUCUCUCCCGCUCCUCACGUCAGAGGAUCUUGAUGCCAUCCGUGCUCAAGUUGCCGCCGAGGCCGAGGAAGAUGACAGUGGUUCCGUCUCUUCUCUCCCUUCUCUCCGUUCGGAAGAUCUUGCUGCUCUCCGUGCUCAGCUCGACGCUGAGGCAGAAGAUCUUGAUGAUUUGGUUCGACGAUUUGAUUGGUAAUUGACCAGUAGGUGUUGUCCUGCGCGCUGCUGUGUGCAGCUUGGUGCGAUGUGGGUGUGGCAGGUUCUUUUUUUUUUUUUUCGUUUCGGUGCUUCGUGGUUCUGUCGGUG